AUGGAGGACGAAAUAGCUAAAUACAACGCUAGAGUAGUGAAAGCAGAGGAGGAAAUUUUUCGUUUGGAAAAAGAGUUAGACUUGAUUGAAAAUCCCAAAGCUUUGGCAGAAAGUGGAAUCGUGUCACCAAUUUUACAGAAACUACAAACUGAAAACCAAAAGUUACUUUAUCAAUUAAACCACCUGAAGAAGCAUUUGGCCGAGCAGAAGUCAAAAUCUCCCAUUCACAUGAUUAGUUUGACAUCCAUGAUUGAUGAUCUGUUCCAAGUGGCAAUUCAUCAAGCUUACCCUGGCAUAGAUCUUCCCAAAUCUGAUGUUACAAGCAGUGCCAAAUUUGCAGAUUUUCAAUGUAACAGUGCUAUGAGUAUCUCCCAGAAAUUGAAAACAGCUGGCACUAAAAGUAAUCCAAGAGAAGUCGCCCAAAAUAUUGUCAACAACUUGCCUAAAGCUGAAUGUAUUGAAAAGGUUGACAUUGCAGGACCAGGAUUCAUCAAUAUUUUCCUGAAUAAAGAAUGGGUUUCACAACAAAUAUUCAAGCUACUGAACAAUGGCGUCCAACCUCCACCAAUUGGUAAAAAGAGACGAGCUGUAGUUGACUUUUCAUCACCGAAUAUUGCCAAAGAAAUGCAUGUUGGUCAUCUGCGAUCCACUAUUAUUGGUGAGAGUAUCUGCCGUCUGCUAGAGUGGGUUGGUCAUGAUGUUCUGAGAAUUAACCAUCUAGGAGACUGGGGAACACAGUUUGGAAUGUUGAUUGCUAAUCUGCAAGAUAAAUACCCAGACUUUGCCAAAAAUCCACCAAGCAUUGGAGACUUGCAGAGCUUUUAUAAAGCAUCUAAAGCACGUUUUGAUGAAGAUGAAGAAUUUAAGAAGAGAGCUUAUGCUUGUGUUGUUAAGUUACAAGCACAUGAUCCAGAAUACAUCAAAGCCUGGAAAUCCAUUUAUGAUGUUUCACGUAAAGAAUUUCAAAAAGUGUACGAGAGGUUGGAUGUUAGUUUAAUAGAUCGUGGAGAAUCAUAUUACCAAGAAUUAAUGAAAAUUGUGGUUGAAGAACUGGGGUCAAAAGGUUACACCAAGGUGGAAGACGGUCGAACCAUCAUGUUUGUGGAAGGUCACCAAGUUCCCUUGACAGUUAUUAAAACUGAUGGUGGAUUUACCUAUGAUACAUCCGAUUUAGCUGCUAUCAAACAACGUCUAAUGGAUGAGAAGGCUGAUUGGUUGGUGUAUGUUGUAGAUAAUGGUCAAGGUGGACAUUUAGAAACUAUCUACUCUGCUGCUUUCCAGGUUGGUUGGGCCAAUAAAUCAGUUCAUCGUAUUGAACAUGUUGGAUUCGGUGUAGUUUUGGGAGAAGAUAAGAAGAAAUUCAAAACAAGAUCUGGAGAAACUGUCCGCCUGGUUGAUUUACUAGAUGAAGGCAUUAAAAGAGCUGAAGCGAAACUGAAAGAGAAAGAACGAGACAAAGUUUUGAGUAAGGAAGAAAUGGAAAAAGCUAAGGCAUCUGUGGCUUAUGGUUGUAUUAAAUAUGCAGAUUUGUCGCAUAAUCGAUCUCAUGAUUAUGUUUUCUCCUUUGAUAAGAUGUUAGAUGAUCGAGGCAAUACAGCUGCUUAUCUAUUGUAUGCUUAUACUCGAAUUAGAUCCAUUGCUCGACUAGCGAACGUCUCGGAAAAAGAAUUAGCGGAAGCUGCUAAAUCAACAAAAAUAGAAUUAGAUCAUGAAAAAGAGUAUAAACUUGCUAAAUGUAUAUUGAAAUUCCCCGAGAUUAUUUUGAAAUUAUUAGAUGAUUUGUAUUUACAUACAUUGUGUGAUUAUCUAUAUGAAUUGACCACAUCUUUCACCGAGUUUUAUGAUAAUUGUUAUUGUGUAGAAAAAGAUAGAACCACUGGUAAAGUUAUUAAGAUUAAUAAGAGUAGGUUAUUGUUAUGUGAGGCCACAGCUAAUGUUAUCAGUGCAGGAUUUCAUAUUCUAGGUAUUAAUCCUUUACAAAGGAUGUAGUUCUCUAUUUUAUAUGAUCCUAACCUUAUAACCAAAUGUAUGGGUUAAUUCUCUACAGAGAUUGUGCAAAUAUCUUUGUUAUUUUAGUAGAUGCCGUUCCAGAAUGGAUCUUCUAUGAACAGACUUGGCUUUGCCAUUUGAUAGAUUUACUGUAUUAUUUACCCAUGUUUGUUUGGUUUGUACGUAAUGUCACCUUUAUGUUCAUGCACCAAUCUAAGAUAGGAUCAGUUCAAAAUUACCUUCAGUAAUAAAUUGGCUUGUGAAGCUUAAAAUUUGUACAUGAAAGUGAAUUGUAAAUGUUACAAGUUUCUUCAAUUGUUAAAAUUGUUCUGCUUAAACCUCUGAUGAAAUAUUUUCAAAUGUUUUGUUUAUCCAUUAAUUUGAACAGUUCAUUUCCCUGUAUAAAAGCUAUGUUC